AUGCACAAAUAUUUAGGAAGAAGCGCGCUUCUUAAACUUGCCUUGACACUCGUGCAAAUUCAGAUGGCUGGGCAUUUCGUGUUUACAUACAGUAAAAUUAUGGCAGUUGUAGGAAUUAACGGAUUUGGAAGAAUAGGCAGAAUGUGUCUCCGCGCUUGCCUCGAGAAGAACAUUGAAGUAAAAUUAAUCAACGAUCCAUUCCUUACAACCGAGUAUAUGUUAUACCUUUUUAAACACGAUUCUACUCAUGGGCAAUAUCCUUUAUUCUUGGAGUGCGAUAAUGAGUUUAUAGUUAGCGGUGAGACAAAAAUCGCCACGUCGCAAGAAAAGCAACCAUCGAAAAUACCAUGGAAGAAUAAUGGAGUGACAUACGUAAUAGAAGCCAGCGGAGCAUUCACAACUCUUGAGAAAGCAAGCUUGCACAUCGACGGCGGCGCAAAGAGAGUUAUUAUCACCGCACCAUCGAUCGAUGCACCGAUGCUCGUUUUCGGAGUCAAUCACACUUGUUACAAUCCUGCAAGAGAUCGUAUCAUUUCUGCUACAUCCUGCACUACGAACUGUGCGGCUCCAAUCGUCAAAAUCAUGCACGACAACUUCGAGGUUCUCGAGGCGAUGAUAACCAGCAUACACGCGGUUACGGCAUGCCAAAAUACCGUGGAUGGUCCAAUAGAGAAGUUACGACCUACGGCAUUGUGGAGGGACGGUAGAGGUGCUCUCCAGAAUAUCAUUCCGACUGCGACCGGCGCGGGCAAGUCAUUAGCCAAAAUUAUCCCAGAGCUGAAAGGCAAGGUUUCAGCCAUAGCGUUCAGGGUGCCGAUCCCUAACGUUUCAUUAUGCGAUAUGACAUUCAGGGUCAAUAAACCGGCGACGUACGAAGAAGUGAAAGAGGCAAUGAGAGAAGCGUCGAAGGGGCAGCUGAGAGACGUGCUGGGAUACACGGAGGAAGAUUGCGUGUCCUCGGACUUCAACCACACGACUUAUUCUUGCGUGUUCGAUGCCAAGGCGGGCAUUCCACAGACCAGCACGUUCAUCAAGAUCGUCGCUUGGUAUGACAACGAGUAUGGUUACGCGUAUCGUAUAGCCGAUCUGGUUCAAUACAUGCAUAACGCCAAUUCCGGUAAUGUUCCUGUAACUGGACAAGCUCUCGAGCAUGAUGACUAGGAACAACCUAUCAAAGUUAAAACUUUUACACGCAAUUAUAUUCAAUUUUAAAUUCUUACAAAUUAUAUUUAAUGCGAUUAAAAUAUCAAAAAGAAAACUUAUCAAAUUUAAAGAAUAAACAGAUUUAACGA